CGCCGCUCGCCACUCGUUCUAAGCCAAUGGACAUCUGCCGAGCCUCUGGAGAAUUCUGGAUACUAGCUUUGGACGCCUAAAGUUUUUUCUUCUUUUUGUUUUUUAAAAAAUAAUUAUUAUUUUUGGAGGGGGGACCAGAAGGGGAGAUUUUGUCGCCGCCGCCAACGUGAGAUUUUUUUUUUUCCCCUUGAAGGAUUCGUGCUGAUGUCUGCAGAGUCGGUUAGAGUAAAAACAGCGCAUGCCUUCCUGGAGUCGGGAUCCGUAAAUUCUGACGUAGCCCGUGCAUCUUAAAAUCCCUAUAAUAACGCCUAGGCGUUUAAGUUGCUAUGGUCAUUCUGAUCUCAAACCAAAUGGAGAAACUACGGAUUUUUUUUCCUUAUUACGGUCGGAUGGGAUGAAGACCUUCCUGCCUGCUAAGAGCUGGGGAUCUAUCUAUAGAGAUACAUAGAUAUGUUUAUCAAUAUGUCAGUGUGUGAGUAUAAAGUGGUGGUUUCUUAGACUAUCAGUGGUUUGACCUUGAACCUGUGCCAGUGAAACAGCAGAUUACUUUUAUUUAUGCAUUUAAUGGAUUGAAGAAAAGAACCCUUUUUUUUUCUCUCUCUGCAACUGCAGUAAGGGAGGGGAGUUGGAUAUACCUCGCCUAAUAUCUUCUGGGUUGAUACCGUCAUUAUUGUUUAUUCCUGUGCUCCAAAAGCCGAGUCCUCUGAUGGCUCCCUUAGGUGAAGUUGGGAACUAUUUCGGUGUGCAGGACGCGGUACCGUUUGGGAAUGUGCCGGUGUUGCCGGUGGACAGUCCGGUUUUGUUAAGUGACCACCUGGGUCAGUCCGAAGCAGGGGGGCUUCCCAGGGGACCCGCAGUCACGGACUUGGAUCAUUUAAAGGGGAUUCUCAGGCGGAGGCAGCUAUACUGCAGGACUGGAUUUCACUUAGAAAUCUUCCCCAAUGGUACUAUCCAGGGAACCAGGAAAGACCACAGCCGAUUUGGCAUUCUGGAAUUUAUCAGUAUAGCAGUGGGCCUGGUCAGCAUUCGAGGCGUGGACAGUGGACUCUACCUCGGGAUGAAUGAGAAGGGGGAGCUAUAUGGAUCAGAAAAACUAACCCAAGAGUGUGUAUUCAGAGAACAGUUUGAAGAAAACUGGUAUAACACGUACUCUUCGAAUCUAUAUAAACACGUGGACACUGGAAGGCGAUACUAUGUUGCAUUAAAUAAAGACGGGACCCCAAGAGAAGGAACGAGGACUAAACGGCACCAGAAAUUCACACAUUUUUUACCUAGACCAGUGGACCCCGACAAAGUACCCGAACUAUAUAAGGAUAUUCUAAGCCAAAGUUGACAAAGACAAUUUCUUCACUUGAGCCCUUAAAAAAGUAACCACUAUAAAGGUUUCACGCGGUGGGUUCUUAAUUGAUUAGCUGUGUCAUCACACCAGCUCCACUGUUGCCAAACUUUGCCGCAUGCAUAAUGUACGAUGGAGGCUUGGAUGGGAACAUGCUGAUUUUGUUCUGCACUUAAACAGGCUUGUCCUCCUGGAGGACCGCCGCUGCCCACUUGCUUGAUUUAUUGUGAGAGGACGAGAGGGAGACUGAACGGGGGUGUGAGUGUGUGCGUGGAUGAAUAGCAGGGGAGUUGGAAGAGAGAAGCAGAAGCAGAGAGGACCGCGGCCUGAUGCAUGCUGGGAUUUAGACGCGCUUUUACAUUUUUGAUCAGUUGUACUUCAUCUUGUAUCAGCACAGCUGCCAUACUUCGACUCAUCAGGAUUUUGGCUGGUGGCCUGCGCAAGGGUACGCUGCAUUUUCAAAGGCAUGGAGGGUGCAGUCUUACUUAAAGGACUUUUUCAGUUCAUGCUCACGGGUGCCAUCCCGGUGAAUUUAAAGCAAAGACCUCUUAGUUUAAAAAAAAAUAAAUUAAAAAAAAAAAAAAAGGAAAAAAAAAGAAAAAAAAGUUAAAUUUAUUUAUAGA